CUCUCUCUCUAUCUCUCUCAAUCGAAUUCGGUAGUGCAGGAAUUGGAGAGCUGCGUUCUCUCACGCUCUCGAUCUUGAUCGCGAUCCGCCGAUUCGAGGGGCGAUCGAGAGAGGCGGGAGAGCGGGCAGGAUGGGAGCGAUUCUUAGCAGUAGAUCAAGCCAUUCUCCGCCCGGGCCGAAGAAUGGCUUGAUCUACUGCUUCGUGGCUCGAGGAACGGGGCCGGGAGUGGUGGUGCUAGCGGAGUACAAGCCGUUAGAGGGCAACUUCCACAAGAUCGGCCUCGAGUGCGCGAAGAAGCUGGCGGCGAAGAACCACAGCAUCACGUACACAUGCAACCACACCAUCACGUACACGUGCGACCACAGCACAACGGUCACGUGCGAGCAGCACACCUUCAACUUCCUCGUCAAGGACAAAUUCACGUACCUGGUGGUGGCGGAGGAGAGCUUCCCGCGGGAGAUCCCGUUGGCGUUCCUGGUCCGAAUGAAGGAUGAUUUCCGGGAAAAGUUUCCGGACGCGUACAAGGCCAAGAUGAAGGCGCACAGCUUGGACAAGCGGUUCCGGCCGAUCAUGAAGAAGCACGUGACCUUCUGCGUGCAGCACCACCUCGAGAGGCUCGACCAGGUGGCCAAUAUCCAAAACCAGUUGGAGGAGGUAAAGGCUCUUCUUCGGACCAACAUUUACAAGGUCAUGGAUCGCCAUGAGCGCCUCGAGGUCGUCGUUGAGAAGGCCGAGAUUCUGGCCAACUUGGCGGAGCAGUACCGAGAGAACACCAACACGCUCAGGAAGAAGUUCUGGUGGCAGAACAUGAAGGUCAGGCUCUUCGUGCUCCUUCUCAUCCUGGCCGUCGUCAUCUGGCUCUCCAUCUGCCACGACGGCCGCGGCUUCAACACCCCCGCUUGUAAUCAACCUCAUCUUCUAAUCAAUUUGGGUUUCAGAUUUCUCAAAAGUUCUAUAGAUUUUUUUAGAAAAAGUAACCUUUGUAUAAAUUUUUAG